CAAUGCCUGCAGCUUCCAACUAUCUGCUUCUGUUUCUUCUUGCAGUAGUGGUUUUCACUACCACUGCCACUGUUGCUGAUCAACACGAUGAUCAUCAUAAACCACCAUUUCAUAAGCCUCCUACUCAUCCAUCGGGCCACCACAAACCACCCAUCCACCACCCCCUAAUGGUGGAAGUCUCUCACAUUCAGAAGUCACCCCAACCCCCUAAACACAAGCCUCCAACCACAUUAAGUAAGAAAGAGCCACUCCCCGAGCACAAGCCAUCAACCCCUCGUGAUCAACCUCCGAAGGGUAAGGGGGAGAAGCCACCGCCGGAACACAAGCCACCUCACGAGCACCGGUUGUUGGAGACAGAUGCAAAACCUUUUAACGGAGAAAAGUCACCACAGGAGCACAAAGGAAAUCCUUGCGAGAAACCUCACAAGGGUCAUGAGCACAAACCUCCUCAUGAAAAACACAUUGGACGUCGUUUGUUAGAGUCUUCCUCCACGGAGUUGGAUGGUAAGCCACCAAAGGGUCAGAAUUCACCACCAAAACACAAGCCACCUCAUGAACACCAAUUGUCGGAGGUGGAUGGAAAGCCCUCCAAGGGAGUGAAGCCACCACAAGAGCACAACGGACCUCACAAGGGAGAGAAGCCACCGCCAAAGCACAAACCACCUCAUGAACACCAAUUGUUAGAGCUAGAUGGGAAGCCCUCCAAGGGAGAGAAGCCACCACCAAAGCACAAGCCACCUCAUGAACACCAAUUGCUGGAGUUGGAUGGAAAACCUACCAAAGGAGAGAAGUCGCCACAAGAGCACGGUCAACAUCACAGGGGAGAGAAGUCACCACCCAAGCACAAACCACCUCAUGAACAUCAGUUGUUAGAGUUAGAAGGAAAACCUUCCAAGGGAGAGAAACCACCACAAGACCACAAUGAACAUAAGGGAGAGAAGCCACCACAAAAGCACAAGCCACCUCAUGACCACCGCUUGUUAGAGACUGAUGGAAAACCUUCCGAGGGAGAGAAGCCACCACAACAUCACAAUGAGCCUAAGAAGGGAGAGAAGCCACCACCAGAGCACAAACCAGGACAUCCAAGUAAUGAGCCUCACAAGGGUGAUAAGCCACCACCAAAGCACAAACCACCUCAUGAACAAAACACCGGACGCCGUUUGCUCGAGACGUCUGCUUCCACCGAGUUAGAUGGUAAGUCUUCUAAAGGAAAGAAGCCACCCCCAAAACACAAUCCGCCAACCCCGCUUGAUAAAAAUGAAGAACAUAAGCCAUUCCCAGAACACAAGUCACCGAAGGGUAAAGGAGAGCGCCCACCACAUCACGAUCGUCACCUUGCAGAGAAUGCGAAGGAGGAUGCACACAAGCCGCCUAGGAAAUUAAAACCUCCAACUACUCUUGCGAAGAAGCCUCCAACUUCCCCUCACAAACCUCCAUCUCCCUCCUGAUCAUCAGAUCAUCAUUAGAUUACUACUUUCAUGAGAUAUAUGUAAAAUAAGAGCUGCUAUAACCCUACUUUCAUGGAAUAGGUCACUAUUCCAUGGGGUAAUACCAGACUCUGUUUGAUUUCAUGUUGUCCUUCUAGAGAUCGAGUAGGUACUAUGUUGUUCUUAUGUAAAGCAUCCAAUGUACUCACUUUGAAUAUUACGAAUUCUCUAGCCUA